GUCCGCGCCCGCGGGGCUCCGGGCUGGGCCGGCCGCCUCCCGGGAGCCCGCGGACGGCGCCGAAGCGGAGGAGCGCUCGUUGCAGCACAUGCUGCGCGCCAUAGCGGAGGAGCGCGGUCGCCUCAACCUGCGCCGCGAGGUCUGCGGCCUGGGGUGCUUCAAGGAUGACCGGAUCGUCUUCUGGACUUGGAUGUUUUCUACCUACUUCAUGGAGAAACUGGCCCCCAGGCAGGACGACAUGCUUUUCUACGUGCGCAGGAAGCGAGCCUACCCAAGCAGUGAGAGCAGCGUCGACGGGAGGAAGGCCGAGGCCGAGCCUGAGGUGGAGGUGGAAGUGUACCGGAGGGACUCUAAGAAGCUUCCAGGCCUGGGAGACCCUGACAUCGACUGGGAAGAGAGUGUCUGCCUAAACCUCAUCCUGCAGAAGCUGGACUACAUGGUGACCUGUGCUGUGUGCACACGUGCUGAUGGAGGUGACAUCCACAUUCACAGGAAGAAAUCCCAGCAAGUGUUUGCGUCCCCCAGCAAACACCCCAUGGACAGCAAAGGAGAAGAAUCCAAGAUGAGCUACCCCAACAUCUUCUUCAUGAUUGACAGCUUCGAGGAGGUGUUCAGCGACAUGACCGUGGGGGAAGGAGAGAUGGUCUGUGUUGAGCUAGUGGCUAGCGACAAGACCAACACGUUCCAGGGUGUCAUCUUUCAGGGAUCCAUCCGCUACGAGGCGCUCAAGAAGGUGUAUGACAACCGCGUGAGUGUGGCAGCCCGCAUGGCCCAGAAGAUGUCAUUUGGCUUCUACAAGUACAACAACAUGGAGUUUGUGCGCAUGAAGGGGCCUCAGGGCAAGGGCCAUGCUGAGAUGGCAGUCAGUCGUGUGUCUACGGGUGACACAUCCCCCUGUGGGACCGAAGAAGACUCAAGCCCAGCUUCGCCCAUGCAUGAGCGGGUGACCUCCUUUAGUACCCCACCCACCCCGGAGCGAAACAACCGGCCCGCCUUCUUCUCUCCGUCCCUCAAGAGGAAGGUGCCCCGGAACCGCAUUGCGGAGAUGAAGAAGUCACACUCUGCCAACGACAGCGAAGAGUUCUUCAGAGAGGACGACAGUGGAGCUGACCUGCACAAUGCCACCAACCUGCGGUCUAGAUCCCUGUCAGGCACAGGACGGUCCCUGGUUGGGUCAUGGCUGAAGCUGAACAGAGCUGAUGGAAACUUCCUUCUCUAUGCACACUUGACCUACGUCACCUUGCCACUGCAUCGGAUCUUAACAGGAGGAAAGCACCCCGAGAGGCUGAGCGAAUUCAGAACUGAACCAUGAGGAACAGUGGAAGGAGGCAAGCUUGUUCUGAGCCCCAGUCUACUGCUGGAACCACAUGGCUGUCCCUGGUACACAGCCAGACAUCUGGUCAACCUUCAGCUUUCUCCAAAGGGCACCUUUGAGUUGCAAGCAUGUUCAGAAGCUCUUGAAAAUUGGGAUAGAAGUCUGAUGUUUACUUUCUCAAAUAGCUCACACUGUUGGGUCUGACAUGGUGGCACAUGUCUGCAAAUCUCAAUUCUGAGGCUGAGGGAGGACAGAGUUCUCAGCCAGCCUAGGCUACGUAGCAAGAUCCCAUCUCAAAGUUUGAGAGUGACAAAUGACAGGAGCACCCCCCAGAAUCCUGGAGUUGAUAGUUUGGCUUCUGAGGCCAUCUUUAAUUUUUUCCUGGGAACAUGCCUGCCCUCAUACAACAUUUUAGGACAAUGAGGAGAGAGCGCUGUUCACUGUGUCCCUUCUUCAGGCAGUGUCACCUGACCUCCUGAGAUCUUGCUGGAAACCCAGCUGCCUCCACAAAGGCAGCCCAGGCUCAUUUCCACUCCAAAAGAUUAUUAUUUAAAACAUAAGCAAAAAAUAAGCCAGGUGUGGUGGUACAUGCCUUUAAUUCCAGCACUUGGAAGGCAGAAGCAGGUGGGUUUCUAUGACUUCAGGGACAGCCUUGUCUACAUAGCAAGUUCAGGACAGCUAGGGCUACAUAGUGAGACCCGGUCUCAAACAAAACAUUUUUACUAAAAGACACUCCAGCCCCUGUGUAGUUGGCCUAUUCUUCUAACUAUAUCUUUUUUUUUUCCUGGCAGUGUCAUAAGUUUUAAGUUUUGCCCAAAACUCUGGAUAUAAUGAGUUUUGAUGAUUUAGUCCUGUCCAUUUUUCAGGCUAGCUGUCCUGUCCAGCUUCAAGAUCCAAGUAUUUUGGUAGCACAUGGUUUCUCUGUUCAGGCUCACUCUCACCUCUGGAUGUAGCUACCCUGAAAAGUAAAUAUAGGACCCAAAAGGACUAAAGGCUCUAAGAGACUCGAGCACGCAAGUGCCGUGGGAUACGUCCUAGAAGUCACUAGCCCUGGCGUGGGUGCAUCACUUGGAUGGGCCUCAAGACAGUAUACAGAUCUUAAGUUUGAACAGAAGUAGCCUUCUGGGGCAUCUGCAAUGGCCCUCCUGGGAAGUAGCUAAGAUGCCUGUCCCUCUAGGUGAGGAGUGGCAGCACCCGAAAGGCCCUCACCGAUGGGAUGCUGACAUGGGCCCCCCACCGGCCUCUGCUUGCAUCACACCAAGCUAAGUGACCUGACAGCCCGUGGCUGGGGUGGGGAUCUGAGUUCCACAGCAGAUAGAUCCCCGGAAGUGGAGGAAGCCGUGGCCUGCUGACAGUUUGUGUUUACAGGUUUCUAUUCCCAAGGCUUUAUGAUUUCAUGGUUCUUGGGACACUGCCUUGCAUUUCAGAGACAUUUAAACUGUUUUCUUACAAGUGUCCCCAACCUGUACUUGAUUCUUUUAAUAAUACACGUUUCAGGUUAAGACAGACCAUUAGCUACCAAUAGGGUUUGUUUUGGUUUUGAGACAGUGUCUACGUAGCCCAGGCUGGUUUCAAACUUCCUGUAAUAGCAGAGGAUGACCUCAAUGUAACAGCUUUCGGCCUCCACCUCCACGUGCUGGGAUUACAGGCUUAUACCGCUGUGCCUGGUGUUAUGCGGUGUUGGUGGAACCUAGGGCUUUGUGCCACUGGGCAGGCACUCUUAUCAGCUGGACUGCACCCCUCGGCCCUUAGCUUCUUUUGACUUCAGCCCCUUACUUUGUAGGUCUGGACACUUAGAUGCAAAUAGUAAAUUUCCCUCUUCCAAAAUUAUCAUAUGAGUAAUUUAAAAAAUUAAUUCAACAAAGCCAUGAGUAUAUGAACGUGUUAGUGUGGGGGACGGUGAGUGGCUUUCCCAUGGAUCCUCAUCCAACAGAAAGCCUCUCAAGGCUCAAAGUAGGCUCUGUGGCGGCUGUUGACUUUGCUUUAUGACUUCCUGGUUCUUUGAGACAUUGCUUUGCAUUUAGAGACAUUUAAAAUGUUUUCUUACAAGUGCCCCCGACCUGUACCUGUUUUUUUUUUUUAAUAAUAUACAUUUCAGAUUAAUACAAGACACUAGCAAGUCAAGGGAAUGGCCUUGAUUUGUUGCAAGCUUUGCCACAAGAUACUGUUCUGAAAUGGUUCCAGCUGGGGCUGACAGGCAUUGGCUGUCCUGCUGGCUGCUGGUCUGUGAAGACCCUGUGAGGGGGAGAGUGACCAUCCUGGCCAGAGGUGUAGGCGUUUCCAAAGCUGAUCACAUGAUGCCUUUUGGGCUCAAUUCUGUGCUCCCAUGAAAAUACACUCUGGCAGUGUUUGGACUGAAACCUCCCAAGCCUUUCUAAGAAAAUUCCAUAAAAACACUUAUAUUAGUGGGAAGACAGCUGGAACAGAAGUUGGGAACCUAGGGAGAUUAGGAAAGAUCCCGGCAGGGACCAUACUGUCCCUGUUGCCCAGCACCUCUGUGUCGGAGGGCUGCUGAGCAGGCACCUGCAAUCAUCACAGGUUGGAAAUAUCACAGCUACAUUUCAUGCAUAGGAAACACGCCAAAUGGCUUCCUUAUGUCACAAGGAAUUGGGCCUAAUAUACUAUAUACAUUGGAGUUGGGAACUGCAGUGGAGGACAGGGUUCUCUGACAGGACAUAGUAAGGAAUCAGCCACUACCCUAGAGACACAGGACCAGAAUUUUCUGAACUGGUGUCUCCAACUUCUAGGUGGUGGGAAGGAGGCGUCGGCGCCUCCUUGCUAUCCACAUCAACCCCUGGGUAGCCUCCCUCAGGUCUCUGCCCAGGAGGCUGGCUGCAGGGCCAGCAUUCCAGCUCCCAGAUGCUUGGGAAGGCAGUUCUGCGGUCUCAGGUCUGUUAUCCUGACUCAGACCUUUGAGGAGCACCUGUCAGCCCUAGGUUGGAAGAAAAGGACAACCUUGCAGAACGUAUGGGAAAAAAGGGCAAUGUAAAGUAAUGUACUCUUGUAGCUCAUUGUAUAUAUACCAUGUCACCUGGAGACACCAGACUUUGUGCUUGUUAAGUGACAGAAAGCUGAGAAACGUGAGGAAGGGGAAGCGUGCUUGGGGGAUGGGUGAUGAAGGAAAGGGCCCUGUUCUUACACUGUCACUCACUCGCCUCCUACAGCCUCAUGUAAGCCAGCGGGCUAUCAAGACUCUUCUCUCCUUUAUGUGGAUGGCUCUUUCAUUUUGGAAUUUGACUUUAAUAAAGCAAUUAGGUUGCUCAGUUUGAAAUA